GGAAUGAAUUGGUGACCAAUAAUUUCCCACAAAUCUCCGCGUUCGAGAGAAGAAGAGGAACCCAGAAAGAAAAAAUGCUAUUCACUGCGUAUUAUUGACCAUGACAGGAUGAAGAAGAAACCUCGAAAUCAUCACUCCACAAGUACCAAAGGUCGAAGCUAUUUCGUUAAUAACGACAACAAGAACAACAGGAAAGGCGUUCUCGAGCUGUCGUUGCCUUUGGUUUUCUCAUUUUGGUGUCUGGUUUUCCUGUUCCAUUCCAAACUCGGCCUUACCCAUGGAAAUGGAGGGAACUUGCAAGUUGAAAAUAGAAGCAUGACUAACUCCAGUGCUCGUGAUGAUAAGCUUUAUGACUCUGCAUAUUCUCUUGUCGAAAAUGAAAACAACAGUUAUGUAAAUCGGGUUCUGCUAGAGUUUAAUGCAUCAAUAACUAGUAAUGACUCUCAUGUUCUUGAUCAUCACCCUUCGACUCCUGAGCACUCGCUCCGGGGAACAAGUGAAUGGGAGGAAGCAGUGAAGAGCUUUCUAGGCUACCCGGUGUUAGUUUGUGGAAUGCAACAUCAAGAGCAACAAAAGCAAAAGACAUUACACCAGAUAGGGAAAACCCAUUCGCCUUAUCUUAAUCUAGAUGAGUUUCGUAAUAUUACGAGGCAAGAGAAAGGUGGGAUUGCAUCAAAUCGGCUUGCUAACAUCACCCACCGGCUUGAGCCUGAUGGAACAUCAUAUAAUUAUGCUUCAGCAACUAAGGGUGCAAAGGUGGUGACUCACAAUAAGGAAGCAAAAGGCGCUAGCAACAUACUGGGGAAGGAUCAUGAUAAAUAUCUGAGAAACCCGUGCUCCGUUGGGGGAAAAUUUGUUAUCAUUGAGCUAGCAGAGGAAACUCUUGUCGACACAGUCAAAAUUGCGAAUUUCGAACAUUAUUCUUCGAACUUCAAGGAAUUUGAGUUGUACGGGAGUUUGGUUUAUCCCACUGAGACAUGGUCCCCAAUAGGAAAAUUUGUUGCUGCAAAUGCAAAGAAUGCUCAAAGCUUUAAGCUUCCCGAACCCAAAUGGGUAAGGUACUUAAAGUUGAAUUUAUUAAGUCAUUACGGGUCAGAGUUUUAUUGCACAAUGAGUGUUGUGGAGGUAUAUGGCGUUGAUGCAAUUGAGCGGAUGCUUGAAGAUCUCAUAGUGGCUUCUGAGUUAUCUGCAACUGUUAAAUUACCUGACCCUAAUUCAACUGUGUUGCCUUCUUCAAUACCAGAAUCAGAAAUAAGUGAGCAGAAAAUAGAUGGUGAAGUUCAAAAGGCAGUUCAUACUUCCAGUCAAGGGAUCGAAGGCAUCGACAAACCACAGAAGCCUAACUUGCACCUCAAGAGUCCUGUCACUAGCAACAUUCCAGAUCCUGUAAUGGAAAUUAGACAACAGCCAAAUGGAAGAAUUCACGGUGAUGCUGCACUAAAGAUCUUAAUGCAGAAAGUGAGGUCACUUGAGAUAAACUUAUCAGUCCUGGAGGAAUACAUCAAGGAACUGAACCGAAGACAAGGGGACGUAGUGCCCGAACUUGAGAAAGAGCUAUCUAGAUAUUCGAUGCUUUUAGAGAAGAGUAGAUCAGAUAUUAAUGAACUCCUGGAAUGGAAGAAGAUUAUGGACAAAGGAGUUACUGACCUUGAGGUGUGGAAAGCUGUUGUCUCAUCGCGAAUGGAUGAAGUAGUUAGAGAAAAUGGGAUGCUGAGAUUAGAUGUUGAAAAGGUCGUAAGCGAUCAGGCAAGUCUGGAAAAGAAAGAGAUAGCUGUUCUGGCAGCGAGCUUUUGCUUUGCAUUUCUUGCAAUUGUCAGAUUAGUUUCAGAGCGAGUCUUGAUGUCUUCUGGAGCCCCGGUAUCUGGUAAUCUACGCAAGCCAAGUAGAGGUUGGAUUUUGAUACUUGUUAGCAGCAGUAUGACCAUAUUCAUUACCUUGCUCUAGCUAGUCUUCUCUCCUCAGCUUUUGAGAUCUGGAUGCUUUUUAGCCUUUUCCUGUAGCAGUUACGGCUUCUUUAGUAUAGGAAUUGGAGCACCUAACAUCUGCCCAUUAAGGGUUAGACUUAGUUUUGUUUCCUGUAGAAAAUAAAAAUUCCUUAGCUCAUUGUACCACUCUGAAACUUGGUAAUGCUGUUGUAUUAUAUAGUUGAAGUUUCGGACUUCAAAA